AUACUGGUUCUUGAAAGGUUAUCACGUGUCUGAUAGAACGAGAAGUGGGGUCAGAGAGAAGUCCUAGUGGUUGAUGUGAGGGCAUCACACACGUACUUGUAUACUUUUACUUUCAAAGAUAGAGUCAGUAACAGAAAUCGUACUAAAAGUGAAAAUUGUGAUUGUGAUUCAUUGUAACGCGUUUAUUAUUAAAUAAAAAAAGAAGAUACGAGAUUUAUUAAUAAACACAUAUUAAUGAUACACCUGUUAUAAUAGUAAAAAUGGAAUGGAAUAAUGAAUGAUAAAAUUGAAUUGAUGUGAUAAUUUUCUCCGGGCAUCAUAUCUAGUAAACCACUUUGUGCACUCUACAAAUAAAUCUACAUAUAUUUAUGAUUAUUUUAUAUGCUUUCUUUUUCAUGAGAAACACAAGAGGAAUUGGAGAAUAUAAUUGCAGAAAAAAGAAUACCUGAUCCGAAAAUAAACGACUCCGAUAAAAUUGAAGAUAUUAUGGAUACAGAUGAUGAAACUGAUGAAACGUCAAAAAACGAUGAUGACGGUAAAAGUGAUAAAGACGAAGAGGAAGUGAUUAAGGUACAAAGAAAGAAGCUUGAGACAAAAAAAAAAGCAGUAAAACGGAAGAUGGCUGAGGCCAUUAUAGAUGCCCACGAAAAAGCCCGAGCUAGUACAAGUGCAGACACUGAAGAUGUGGUUGAAAUAGAUAACUCAGCCUCAACCAUAGAAGCACCACCACUGAGAUUACUUUUACCGAACAACUUGAAUUUGAAUAAUGAGGCGAAUCUCACUGUAGGAACGAAAAGAUCCGAUCUUAUUUACUUGGGAGAGGGCGAGUGGAUUAGAGAAGUUGCUUAUAAUAAAUCAAAAAGUCAAGUUAAACCAAGUCUCUUCGUUACGAAAUUAGCUUAUGCCCUCUGGGGGUACGAACAAUUGGCUAAUAGAUCUGUCGCUCACAUAGAAGGGAGAGAGAACCGUCCACUUCUCGAAGAAAAUAAAAAGUUAGUUGUAAUAAAUCAGUUUGAGAGGUAUCUUAGACACCGCGAUAAAAUGACACAAACUGUUGAAAUGAAGAAAGUAAAUGCUUACCUGGGAGGAGCUAUUAAGGGCGCCAGAGGAAAGAUAGCGAGAAGAAAUCGUAAGCGCACAAACAGCGAAAACGAUUCUGAUGAAAAUAAUUAAUACUAAUGCGUAAAUUCAAUUGAUGAUUUUAAAUAACUCAAUAAGCGAAAUGUCCAAGAUGCUUAUUCUUUCAUUAUAGUUUUGCCAUUAUGAUGAAAACAUUAAAAAAUGUAAAUUCUUUAUGAUGACAGGACUAUGAUGAAAACGUUGGAAUCUAGGACAUUUUGGCUAUUUGAAUUAUCGAAAAUCAUCAAUUCAAUUCGUCCAAAGAGUACAAGAGAUUAACAUUUUUUUUUUCAUUUAAUUUCUAUUGAAUAUUUCUUGAGAUAAAUGAUUGAUAAACCUACCUCUUUAAGGUAAUGACUGAUGUUAUGUUAAGUUGAACAUUAAUCAGUAUUUGCAAUAUGGUUACCCCGAUAUUGUAAAACCAUCACUAGUGGUUUCUUCUAAUCAUAGAUAUAAGCUAUAAAUAUUUUUUAUUACGAAAAGUUUUAUAAAAAAGUUAUUCUGUUUUAUUUAAUGUAAUUUUUUUGUUCUUACAAAUAAUGUACAGCAUAGAGAGAUUUAAAUGAUUUGCAUAGACUGAGAGUUUUAAUGAUCAAUGUUCAUUUCUCUAUAAAGUUUAGCAAUAAUUUACUUUAUAAUUGAUUUAAUGAUUUUUAAUACUUCAAUAGGCGAAAUGUCCAAGAUGCCUAUUCUUUUAACAUAGUUUUGUCAUUAUGAUGAAAACAUUAAAAAAUGUAAAUUCUUUAUGAUGACAGGACUAUGAUGAAAACGUUGGAAUCUAGGACAUUUUGGCUAUUUAAAUUAUCGAAAAUCAUUCAUUUAAUUUAUUUAUGAAGUAUAUAAGAUUUUGGUUUCAUUUUUUAAUUCCUAUUGUAACUCUAUUGUAUUAUAUUCAUAAGAUACUUUAUAAUUUUAUAAUUUUGCAAUAAAUAUGUUUCUUUGAUGAA